AUGUCAGCUUCUGGCUCAAAUACUGAUGAUACCGAAAUGAUGUUCAACAAGUUCGGAAGUGGCUUAUUUCCCCAGCAACCUGAAUCUAACAAUUCAGAGCCAGAUGUAUUUCUGGUGCCGCCCUUACCCGGAUUUGUGAAUGACCACAACGAUAACUUAUCUCUGGAAUUCGAGGCCAUACAGCCUGGCAAUGAUGACUCGGCCGAAGAUGACGAUGGGUUCCAAACACCCAGCGACAAGGAGUCUACUUCCAGUGGCGUUGACAUCGAUUCUGGAUCUGCACCUCUAGACGAGGCCACCCUUCAGGCUGGGUCUUCUACCGUCCCUUCUCCCAUACCUUUGAUCCACUCUAUCUCUUGGUCGGGUGGUGUGGAUGAGAAUUCCCCAGACCCUUUCUCAUCCCAUGCUGACACAUGGCCCCGGACAUCCUAUUCCACAACUCAUUAUUUAGCACCCAUUCGAAUUCUCUACCUUUUGGCCAUCUGGCUCCAUUCCUACCACCAUGUCCCAUUCCGAAUCAUAGGGGCCAUUUUGUCCAUAGUUCAACUUAUCCUCAGCGCUGCAAACUUUCAUCUGGAUCCAUCUACAGUCUCCGCCACGACCUUAACGACUGUCCACUCGCACAUGUCUGUUGAACCUUCCUUUCAAGUUCUCCCAAUAUGUCCUGCAUGCCAGGAAGUCUACCCCGAGCUUGAAACUACACCGGCACUUUGUACCAAAUGCGAGCAUAACAACAGGACUAUCCCCCUGUUCGAAAAUGAUGAAAAUACACACACGAAAGAGAGGAGCGCAAAGGGACGUGAGCCAAAAAUCCGCUUUGCCUUCAAAUCCGUCAGCGAACAGCUUCGUGAGUUAUUGCAGGAACCUGGGAUGGAGGAUCUCCUUGAUCGGUGGCGUACAUUACCUGACCGGCAUCCGGAGCUGGGUAUAUAUCAAGAUAUCUUCGAUGGCCGUGUUGCCCACUCAAUUCUGGGCCAUGAUGGGUCCCCUUUCUUUCGCAAUGAACCUGAAGAUCAUGAGAUGGGUCCUAAUGGAGAGCUCCGUAUUGGUCUCACACUUGGUACUGACUGGCAAGUAUUCCCCUUUCAUCACGGUUGA